UUAUGCUUUUGGCCCGUUCGCGAUGACUUUUUUUUAUUUGUUUCAUAUUGUCUUUGAUUGUUUGACUGACUGCGGAUAAAAUUAAUGUGGAUAAACAAAACAUAGCAAGAAAUUUAACUAUUUAUUAAAGAAAUUAUACAUUUAUAAUAUAAAAUUAUGUACUAACAAUAACCUAUUGAGAUACAUGACGAUCUCUGCAAUUUUUGUAGAAUUAAUCUUUGGUGUAAUUUUGAGAAGUCAAGUUCCAAUGGUUUGAAUCGUUAUAUGUGAUUCUGUACUCUAUUUAUGCGUUUAUUAUUAAUAUUUCAUUUUACUAUAUAAAUUGAUAAUAAAAACAAGAAUGCCUCAAGACGAAGAAUAUCUUACUGGAAGUAACAGGAAUACCAAUACAAUGACAAUCAGCGAGUUGCCCGGAAAACCAUUUGGUAUAGUUUUGGAAUUUGCUAUAUUUUUGAUUAUGAUGGGAUUAACGCUAUCAGGAACAGCUAUAAGGAAUGUGCUUCUGUAUCGGACAUGUGUGCACUCACUACACCAUGAUAUGGAUGAAUGUCGUGGAUUUCUUUCACCAGUCAAAACUAAUGACACAAAUGAUUUAGAAGAAGAAGUGCAGAAGUAUGUAACAUAUGUAUCCACUGUGAUUACUGUCAUAGAAUCCUUGGGCCCUGCUUUUUUAUCAUUAUUUCUUGGAGUUUGGUCUGACACACAUGGACGGAAACCUUUGAUAGUAUGGCCAUUGUUUGGUCAGGCGAUGACGGGAAUUUUGAUUGUUGUAUAUGCUAUGUUGGAUAAUUUGGGCCCAUGGUGGUAUACUUUGGCUGUAAUACCGCUAUCAUUGUCUGGAGCAUUUACCGUGUUGUUUACCGGGGCUAUGUGUUACAUAAGUGACGUCACUAUAACUCAGAACACGUCUCUUAGAAUGACAAUGAUGGAGAUAGCAGUGUCAGCGGGUAGCGUGGUUGGUUCUCUAAUUUCGUCGUAUGUACUAAAAGCAGUGGGAAACGUAUACCUAUUGCUCAUAGCGGCUACAUUGUUUGUUAUAGCUUAUGCUGUUACAAAUAUACAAUUACAAGAAUCAUUGACUGGAGCUGUACAGGGUACGCUAUCAUCAGUAUUUGAUUAUUUAUUAAUUAAAGAAAUGAUAACAGAAUGCUUCAAACGGCGUCCAAAUAACUUAAGGACCCAGCUCUUACUAUUGACAUUCGCGAAUAGUCUUAAUGUGUUCAUUAUGUACGGAAUGUCAGGAAUAGAAUAUAUGUACACCAGAGAGAAACUCCACUGGGCAUUAGAAGACUUCACCCAGUUUUCAGCUGCAAGCGUUUUGAUCUCAUUCCUGGGUUCUUUCGUUGGUGUUACAGUUAUACAGAAAUACUUACGGGUCAACGAUUUGGCAUUCUCAAUAAUAUCUUUUUUGUCGUCAGCUGGUGAAUACAUAGUUAAAGCCUUUGCUGUAUUAUCGUGGCACAUGUAUCUUAGUGCAGGAGUGACUGUUUUCGGCAGUUUGUCAUCUCCCCUAAUAAGGUCCUACCUAACGAAGAUACUGCCUGUGGAAGACAUAGCAAAGGUGUUCGCCCUUAUGUGCGCCAUUGAGGGCAUAUACCCUUUAAUAGCUCCUGUGAUAUUCAAUACUUUAUACAAUGUGACGCUGACCACGUUCCCUGGUGCUGUUUGUUUGCUGACAAGUGCCAUUAAUGUGUCUUGCAUCGUUAUGUUACUGUUUGUUGCAUUCUUUAGAUGGAAAACACAUACUACCCCUUAUCAGACAAUAUCAGUCAAUUCUAACGAUGACAAUGAGGCUGAGUAGUUGCGUAAUAGACUUCGUUUCAUAUUAUAGGUACUUACGGCAUGAACGUUCUGUUCAUGCCAUCUUCAUACCAUAAUAUUUAAGAAUGUUAUUAAUGGCUUAAAAAUAUAAAGUUGACUAAUUUUUUUUAUAUAUAUUUAUAGAUACAUUUUAGCGGAUAUAAUUUUUUACAAGCAAUUUAAUGAAAAUCGGCCAGGUUUUUAAGCUGAUUUAUAACCAGUAAAUUAUUUUUAUACAGAGAAUUCUAAUUAAUUUUUGUAGAGAAGUCGCGUUCGAUCAAUUUUUUCUAUCAAAUUUAUUCACUAUAAUGAAAUUGUUAUAGUACAAUUUUUUCUAUGGACUAUGUUUUAUUAAAAAGUUAAAAAGCAAUAUACUUGUAGCAAUUUCACGUUACUUUAUAUGAAUUUUGUGAAACCUAUUUUAGUACAUUAAACCUAGUUUGUUUAAUAUAACCUUCACAUAGUUAAUUUUAAACUUUCGCGUUUUAGACACAUUUUGAAUAUACUAUCGGAAUAUAAUAAAAGUCCCCAUAGUGUAUUUAACAUAAUUUUCACAUAUCACGAUUUUGUUAUGAUUUACAAUUUCUAAGUCACGGUUUUGUAUAUAUUUUAGGAUUAGUGUAUCAUUGUAUAUAAUGUUAUGUAAGUGAAAGAUAAAGCUCAAUAUGUUCGAAAAUAUUGAACGUUGAAAAUACAGAACUUUUUGUGUUCCGAAAAGAAAGGAUGGAAACUUUGUUUCUUUCUAUCUUCAUAGUUUUUUAAACAAAAAUAGCUGAAAUGUUUGUGUAUUUAAAUCAAAUUAAUUAUACUUUAUAAUAAAAGUUAUUAUAUAAAGUUAUAUAAUUCAUGUUACUUUUUGUUAUUCAUGAUAUUUUAAUACGGUAUCCCCAUCUGCUUUGCACUUUACAAGAGAAAUGGAUAAGGCUACAGUCAGUAGGCUUUAUUAAUAAAUGAAGUUUUGUACGUAAUUUUUUUAAUGAUCUCAGCAAUUUUUUUUUUAUCUUUUAUAAAUUAUACAUACAUAACCCAGCCUUUAGGAUUUCUCAAUAAGUAAGAUUAAAAUAAUACCUUCCAACAACUCGAUCCGAUGGGAUUCCAACCCACAUCUCUUCUAUCCAAGCUGAGUGUAUUGUGGUUGAAAGGCCUUACCGACUGAUAGUAUAUAGAUUAUAGUCAUGAAUAUAUUUUUUAUUUAAAUAAAUAAUACACUGUGUAUUAAUGUUUAAAUAAAUAAAAUUUUGAACGAUUUAAUAUUAACUAAAAGACCGGAAUAAUAAUAGAUAUGUAAGUCUGUAUUUGUAUGUAUUUGCACUCCGUGUAUUUUUUAUGUGUUACUAUUUAUCUACAAAAAAUCAUAUCUGAACGAAUCUUUUUCUGGAUGUUUACUCGUUUACUAGAUAUUAAUUCAGAACUGACAUAGCGAACAAUUGUUAAAAUUGGAAAAUUUUUGAAAUAUUUUCGGUAUGUUAUAUGUUAGAUAUUGAAUCGGUGCCUAUAUAUGUAUAAUAAAUGUGACUUACGGCUUUAAUAUUAUUGUAUUGCAAUAUUAGAUAUAAUUAUAUGGGUUUUUAAUAGACUUAGCUUUAAUUAUACAAGUGAGGCAAAUGUAGAUACAGAACUACAGAAGUAGGAAGACGGAAUUUGAUUUGUGUGCUAUUAACAAUAUUUUUAUGUAUAGAAAUGAAAUAGUAAUCUAGUCCUACUAUUCUCAACUUACAUUUAUGGUUCGGAGUAUCAAUGAGAAAUAGGAUAAAACACAUCGACGUAUCCACUAGGAAUUGCUCACAAUGGUUUUCACGGAGUACCCAUUAAUAUCGACUAGCAAUGGAGCCGUUAUACAAUAAUUAACCGUUAACAGCAAUAAACCAUCGGCCCAAAAUGAAACUGCGCGGUGGCGGGUCGACCUCGAAUCGUAUACGACACAACCAGCGCUAGACAUUAUCCAGACAGUACAUUCAUUGUUAUGGCCAUUAUAUACUUUUGUGAUUCAUGUAACCAAUUUUGAAGGCAAGAGGCAAGAUUUUCAGUAUAUAAAUAGUAUUUUUUUAAUCCACACUUAUUCUCCAUGGGUGUUCGAAAUUUGGUGACCCCAGAGCCGUCUCUAAAAAUUCCGCUUGCUUAUCCUACUUCUGUAGGUUGAGGUUUAAAAUAUAUAGUUGAUAUACUGUGAUUUUAUUAAAAUGUGAUACAUAAAUAAAAAUAUUAAAUUAUA